AUGUUGGAAGAGAAUCCAUGGUGGCAGAAGAUUGAACCUGUAGGGAAGGAAAGGCAGAGAACGGAGACAGAAGGUGAGAUCAGCUCAGAGUUCCUCACAAAAUCUGUGUUAGCUGUUUACCUGUUCAGAUUGUUGGGUAAGGAACUCCCUUCUUGCAUUAAACGUGGAUUGAUUACUAUUGAGAAGGAGAUUAAAAGGCUAAAGCUGGAAGAAGCUUCGACGAGCUAUUCAUCAACUAAGAGGCGAAAAGAUGGUUGGAAAGCCUUGAAUGGUUGUGAUGCCUUUAGAGUAUUACACUUGACUUCUGAAGGUGGGCCAGUGGGAAAGAUGAUGGCGCAGGAGAGCAAGAAGAAAUCCUGGAUCACUGCCGAAUCCUCCUUGAAACCUUCACCAGUUGACAAGAAAACUCUGGUGUCUUUGAAGCCUAGCUCUAACAUUAUGAAAAAGUCUUCAAGUCACAUUGUCAAAAAUGCAGAAGCUGGAUUGGAGAUUGACGGAGGAAAUGAGGAUGAGAAGAAUAUUGGAGGGAGCAACAAAAGAGAGAGUGAUGAAAGAGGCAAAAAUGAUUGAAGGGCUGAGGAAAACAUUGGUGGAAUUAUAUUCAUGUGCAACUCAAAAACUAAACCAGAUUGUUUCUGCUAUCAAAUCAUGGGUCUCCCGCUGAACAGGCUAAAGCUUGUGAUGGGCAUCAAACCUGGUCUGAAGCUUUUUCUUUAUGAUUUUGAUCUCAAGCUUAUGUAUGGUAUCUAUGAGGCAUCUUCUUCUGGUGGAAUAAAACUUGAACCAACUGCUUUUAAUGGAGCCUUUCCUGUUCAGGUGUGAUUCAAGGUUCACAGGGACUGCCUUCCACUACCUGAAAGUGUUUUUAGGAAAGCAAUCCUGGACAACUACAACGAAAAACAGAAGUUCAAAACUGAGCUAACCGUCCAGCAAGUAGAAAAACUCUUGGAGCUAUUUCAGCCUGUCCCAAAUGAACAUUCUUUCUUUCAGGAACAUCUGCUUGCUCCAGUCCUCCAAACCCCACCUGCGGCAGCUAUACUAGCAGGGGAAGCACAGACGGGACAAUUCCUUAGAGAACACUACAAUGGUGGAGGACCCAUAGGAGUCUUUGUCCAGCUUUUCCACAGGAUCAGCAUAUGUACAUUCCUGCUGCCACUCUAGAUCCUUACAGAAUUGGUUACGGAAUGGAGGCACCUUCGAGGCAUCCUUUCCCUGUAAAUGACGGUACAGUAGGUGUGCAGAAUGAGGAUGCUCAUCUUGAUCGGCUCUUUCUCAGUGAAAGGGAGCAUCAAGCUCAGGGUCUCGGCUUUCCACCAGAUUUACCCCCCUCUGCAACAACCCCAACACAAACUUAUACUGCUUUACACUGUUACAGAAAAGACCAAUGUCAGGGUGAUCAUAGCAUUACCUCCUCGCCUGAUCCAUACCCAGGACUACCUAGGACGGUGGCGACCCCUUCAGAAUCCUACUCUUUCAUUACAAGGAGAUAAACUUGUGUAACGGAUUCCUAUCUCUUCGGGAGUAACACAAGCAUUUUUUCACGAAGUGGGUUUCCCAAUAAACCAAAAAGAUUAUAAGCAGCCAGUGCUUCCCCUGUUCCUUCAGGUUAUAAUCAGAAAAGCGACAAUCUGGGGGAUCAACCAGACGAUCAGAAAAGUCAUCAUGGGGACCAGUCUGAACAUGCAUACAUACCACUAUACCAGUUUCAUGUCGAUAUUCCUUUGCUGGUCCUCCUUUUACUUACAGCUGAGCAGUGACUAUUCUUUUCCUCAUGUGCCUCUUUCCACAUAUCGAGCCACGGAUGAAUCCAAACUGCAAAAGGAAAGUGAGCAAUGUCCCACCUCCAACGGGCAAAAAAUUUAAGACUGGUUUGUGAAGAUUCUCACACUGCUGGAACAGUUGAUAAAAACUGUAUUUUGUAAAUUAGACAUUUAAUUUUGACAAUAUCACAUAAAGAUGAAUUGUAUAUCCCCUGUUGUACCCAGUGGGACCAUCAAUUCUGAGAAAUAUAUUUAAUCUUCCCCAUGCUA